AUGGAUUUCUUCAACCUAUCAUUAUUCCACUUUAACGUCAGUAACAUAUCAGCUUACAUACAGCUACAGGGCGAAUUGACAUUCGAACCGUUAGUCAGUUUUCUCGAAACUUACCUCAAUCCGAUCGUGAUAAUCGUCGGCAUAAUCGGUAAUGUACUGUCUCUAUCGGUAUUCUCAACAACGCAUCUCAACCGGAUAACAUCGAGUCUGUAUUUGGCGGUUCUAUCGUUUGGUAACAUUCUCUACCUGAUAGCAAUGUCAUUUACUUGGUUGGAUCGCAUUUUAGGAUUCUCCUUCUUAGUCAGUCAAUGCGUAUGUCCUAUUACGUCAUUUUUAUACCGAAUUUGCGAGUUCAUCGCCGCCUGGAGUGUUGUUAGUUUUACCGCAGAAAGGUACAUCACUGUAAAAGUACCACUCCUCAAAGAUGUUCUUUGCACUCGCCAAAAAGCUCUCUAUACCGUCACGGUGACGAUAUUAUGUUCCGUCUUUUUUAACAUC